CCGCAACCCACACAAUCAACUUCUGCAUCGAGGGGAAAAUUAUCGGCUCUCUAAUUUCGGGUGUCUCUUCCAAAUUUCUUCAAUUACCCAAACAACCCAAACAUCCAUUCUCUCUUCAACAUCACGAAUUACGCAAAUUAGACCGGCACCAUGGGUCGCGUGAUUCGUAACCAGAGAAAGGGUAACGGCGGUAUCUUUACCGCCAACACCCGCCUGCGCAAGGCCCCGGCCAAGUUCCGUUCCCUCGAUUUCGCUGAGCGCCAUGGCUACGUACGAGGUAUCAUCAAGGAGAUAAUCCACGACCCGGGUCGUGGUGCUCCCCUCGCUCGAGUUGUCUUCCGAUCCCCCUACAAGUUCAAGCAGAUCACAGAGACCUUCAUCGCCAACGAGGGUAUGUACACGGGCCAAUUCAUCUACGCCGGCAAGAACGCCGCCCUUACCGUCGGAAACGUCCUCCCCCUCGCCUCGAUGCCCGAAGGUACCGUCAUCUCCAACGUGGAGGAGAAGGUUGGUGACCGAGGAACUCUUGGUCGCACCUCUGGCAACUACGUCACCGUUGUCGGCCACAACCCCGAUGAGGGCAAGACCCGAAUCAAGCUCCCCUCUGGUGCCAAGAAGGUUGUCUCCAGCAGCUCUCGAGGAAUGAUCGGUAUCGUCGCCGGUGGUGGCCGAACAGACAAGCCUCUCCUGAAGGCUUCGCGCGCCAAGCAUAAGUUCGCCGUCAAGCGCAACAGCUGGCCCAAGACUCGUGGUGUUGCCAUGAACCCCGUCGACCAUCCUCACGGUGGUGGUAACCAUCAACAUAUCGGUAAAGCCUCUACGAUUUCCCGAUACGCGGCGCAAGGUCAAAAGGCGGGUCUCAUCGCAGCCAGGCGGACGGGUCUGCUGCGUGGUACCCAGAAGACGAAGGAGUAAAAUGGGUUCUCCAGGUCAUGGUUCAUCACGGCGGUUGGAGUUUUACUUGUUUGCACUUUGCAUCUCUCUAGGUACUUGGCGAGCUACGAUAUGAGAUAGGCUCAAUGGAAGUACCCGGCAUCAGAUUCUUUCUGCACUUCUACACAUAUUUUUCAGUUGUCACCCUUCGUGAAAUUAGUGAAAGCUGAGAUAGAGCUAUUACGGAGGAUUUGCUGCAUGGAUGGUAAUCCCCAGGCCAAACCAGGCAUACUUCGUACAAUAGUUAUAGGGUUAAGUGGAGAUCCUAUUACAAAAAAGAUGAAUUCCGAUCAAAGUCUCGCGUGACGAGAUGGAACCAUACGUAGCCGUAUGUACCUAGAUAGGUAGCCUUCGUCUAUCCUCGGUAGGGCAUGAUAUCAUACGAUGGAGCUAGCCUUGAUAAAGAAGUUAAAAUACCUCUAAAAGUAA